AUGGCUACCGUCUUUUCCUCCCUUAUACGACCAUCCAAAGCCCGGCGUGCUUCGUCAAGCAGCCGUGAAACCGCGAGCCCCUUGCCGCCUCUCAGCAAGCAUGGCCUUGAGGAACCGGACCUUCGCGACCUCAAUGUCUCCCUCCAGGCGCUCACCGAUAUCUUUCCUGACAUCCAGCCCGAGGUGUUCCGAGAGAUGCUGCUGUCUUUUAGCGAGGACAGUAGACUUCAGGUCAUCACCGAGACGCUGCUGAAACAUGGCCACAAAUACGUGCGGGGGCGGAACAGGAUGCCCGCCGAGCAGGAAGAGCAGCGAGAGACGGCGCAGAAGUACAAGUACCGAAAGGAGGACGCGCCGAAAGACACACGGGGCAUACCACUCGCACUGGAAGACACUUUCCGCUCGACACGCUACAAGGAGGCCGCGAAGGAGGUGCUGUAUCAGGAGUUCAAAGGGCUGAGCCAUUCGACCAUCCGGGCAGUGCUCGCAGAGUACAACUGGAGCUACACACAAGCAAGACCAACGCUACUAGGUCUUUCGACUAAUAGUUGGAGGUCAAGCAUCACCAACUUCUUGAUGCGACGGAAAGCGCCCAGUGCUAAGGACCACCCGCUGGUUCUAUGGCUAGCAGCUGAUGCGAAGACGAAUCACCCACGGACGCCGCUGCUGGUCAAGACUAAAAGCGAUGAACUAAACCGAGAGCUGUACGAGAACCUCAUUGUGCCUGAGUUGGACAAGCAGCGAAAAGAGCAGCUGCAGCAAGAUUUCGAGCUGGCGCUGAAGUGGAACGAAGAGGAGGCUGAAUCGGAGGGCGAGAUGUACGACUGCGAGUGCUGCUUCAUACCGAACACGCUGCAGCAGAUGUCGACGUGUGACAUCGAUGGCCACUACAUUUGUUUCCGAUGCAUACGGCAUGCUAUCAAUGCGGCUCUCUAUGACCAGGGCUGGGCGCGCAAUAUCGAUACCCAGCUGUGCACUCUAAAAUGUAUAGCUCCAAUGACGGAUGGCGUCGAGGACUGCCGAGGAUGCAUCCCACUCGCCUUCGUCAAGCGUGCACUUUUUGAGGGACAAGACGGCGAAGACAACUUCGGCAAGCUGAACGAACGCUUUGCCAGCGAAGCACUCAUCAAAUCACAACUUCCGCUAGCCUGCUGUCCCUUCUGCUCCUACGCCGAGCUCGACGACCUCGCCCUCCCAGAUAGGAACCUUUUCGCCAACUUACGACUGAAGCCCCGCCCAAUCAUUCUCGCCUCCAUAGCGUCCAUCCCGAUUCUCGAGCUCCUCUGCCACAAAGCCAUACAAGCCACCGUCUUCUUCCUCAUCCUCUCAUACACUUUCAGCGCACUCUUGCUCCGGCUGCCUCUCGUCCCGCCUUUCCAAAACGCCCUGCGCAGAAUCCAUCUCAAGCGCCGCGGUCUUCGGUUCCAGUGCCUCUCCCCAGCUUGCGCGCGAGCUUCCUGUCUAUCCUGCAACCUCCCCUGGCACGACCCGCAUACCUGCUUUUCCUCGCAGCUCACCUCGUUACGCCUCACUCUCGAGCGCGCGACCACCGACGCAGUCAAGAGGACCUGCCCGCAGUGUAAUUUAGGCUUCGUCAAGUCGGAAGGUUGUAAUAAGCUGGUGUGUCUGUGUGGCUACUCCAUGUGCUAUAUAUGUAGGCAGGGGCUUGCGGGCGAAGGGUAUCAGCAUUUCUGCGGCCACUUUCGAGAGAGGCCGGGGCAGAGCUGUGGCGAGUGUAACAAGUGUGAUUUGUAUCGCGUAGAAGAUGAGGAUAGGGUGGUCAAACGAGCAAAAGAACGGGCUGAGGCAGAAUGGUGGGAACGGCAAGGGGACGGGGCCAAGAAAGGCCUGGAGAAAGAGGUCGGUAAAAGAGAAGGGAUUUUGGGUAUUAAGCGGGGGAAUUGGGAGGGUUGGAUCGAGGGUGUUUUGGAUUCUGUUCUUGCUUGA